UCCACCCAUCCAACCAAUUUGAUCAUCACUACAACUUAAUAUCUCUCUCUCUCUCUCUCUAGAUCUCUCUCUCUCUCUUUUUCUCUCUCUCUUCCUCUCUCAUCAUAAAAAUGAAGCUACUUGGGAGCCAAAGGAAGGAGAAGGGGGGGUUCAGCAGGACCCUGAAGGAGCAAAGAGCCAAGCUUUACAUCAUCCGACGCUGCAUUGUUUUGCUACUAAGUUGGCAUGAUUGAUCUCAUGCACCCACAACACAUAAAUAUAUAGAGGCAUUUUAUUUUACUUUGCUUUUUUUUCCUUCUUUAAUCUUUUUUUGGGCUCCCCUACUAAUACCAAGGUGGGUUUUUUGUGGUUCCAAGCCACUCUUUUUGUACAUGUACUCAUCUACAUAUAUAUACUACUAGCUAGCUAGUUUUUUCUUUUUUUUUUUUUCUUUUUUUUUAGGGGGAGGGCUCUUCCAUUGUUGUCACUAGCUAGAAAUUAAUGAUCAUUUUGCCCUCUUGUAAUGGUGAGAAAAGUAUUAAUUCCAAGAGGAACUUUAUUACCAUUUUUAUUUCUUCA